CUCUCUCUCUCACACACACACACAGAGUCUUGGAUCACUGUAUCAUGGUCUCCGUACAACUACAACGGCGAUCUCCGGGAAGUUUCGGCAUAUUUGUCCGCCGCUGAGGCGGUGGUGGAUUGGAUGGGAUAUGGCGGAACCACCCUCACUUUCGCCGGCCGUGAAAGAAAGCAUGCUAUUGAAAGGGGCUUUUGCAGUGGGUGGAAUCAUGUCCACUCUUGUCAUCUAUGGAAUCUUGCAGGUACACUUCUCAGAUCUUGAAGUUUCGGUGCCAGAAUUAGUUUUCUGUUUUGUUGAUUUCAUCUGUUCAAGUCUGAAAUUUUCAAUCAAGUGCGCACUGGUGCGUAAUUUACGAAGCCUUUUGCAUGUUUUAGCUGGUACAUCUGUGGAGAAAUUAGCAUAA